AUUAGGAGAGCUACAACACUUCUUCCUUAAGAAACGAGAAAAAAGGCUGUUUAGAUUUGAGCUGUAGUAUUUGAUCUCAGUGGGGAUAUUUGGGUAAUCGACAGCACUUCCGGCUUCUCCCCGCAGAGCCUCGCCGGGGACAGGAGCAGACAGGAUGCUGGAUUUCAGUCUGUGGGCUCUUCUGCCCCCCCUCUUCUCUGUCGGCGCCGCUUCUGGACUGUGGGCGGUGUACUUUGUUGCUCUCUAUUAUGAGAAAGUACUACCUCUGGAUGCAGAGCAAUGGAAGGGAAAUGGAUCCCGAUAUCCUCCCUUCAUAAGUGUUACAGGACAGUUUCCACCAGCCAGCUGCAUCUUCAGCGAGGUCAUGAACCUGAUGGCGUUUGGAGCCUUCAUCAUUGGACUCCUCAGAUAUGUGCAGCUGAAAAACAGAAUAGAUAAAGCCUGGUUGAACGCCGUCAGUUUGGUGAUUUUCUCCAUCGCCUGCUUGGGAAUGACCAUCGUUGGAAACUUCCAGUUGUUCACGCUGUGGACGGCCCACAUGGUGGGCACGGAGAUGGCGUUUGGGCUGGGAACGUUGUUCUGCUGGAUGCAGUCUUACAUCACCCUGAGGGUUAACCUGAAGAACGAGGGGAAGCUCGUCGCCAUCGCUCGUUUCCUGCUGUCUGCGUCCAUCACCCUCUGUAUAAUUAUCAAAUACUCCAUGUCCUCCGCAAUGGAUUCAGCUCGCUGGCAGUGGACCGUGGUCAUGCUGUUUCUGGUCUUCAUCGGCACAUUCGGCAUCGAGUUUCGUCAUGGCCACUUCUCGUUGCUGUGCACCGAUGCAGCGGAUCGAUCUCUGGCUCACAUGUCAAACAUUGGCCAAGAGUCUGGGUGUCAUCCUCGAACAUCGUCCCAGGGGGAUUUCCUUCCCUGUACCACAGUCCCUUGGUCGGCCCCGGAGCAGCGAGGCGCUCUGCUGGACAGGACCAGGUCGUUUCUGCCGGUCCCAACCUCGUACCAUGGUGCUCCUCAGGUGCGGGUCCCUACUGAUCUGCGGGCGGCGGAGUAUGUGUUUGUCCGUCACGACGCCCAUCGGGGCCCUCUGCGACCUCCCUAUGAUGGGCCCUACCCCCGGCAGGCCGUCCCCAUCGUCAAACCAGACUCCUGCUGACGCCCCUUCCUGCCCUCUGGUGCCUGCUGGAGAGCCGCGGAAUCAUUUUGGACGGGUCAUAAGGGGCCCCAAGUCGUUAUUUAGGGCCAGUGCUUGUGAACUCUGGAGGGACGUGUGUGGUGGCCACUCAUGAGCAGGACACUGUUUAACUGUUUAACUGUUUAGGUUAGAAUUCACAAGAAUCUAGCCGUUAUUAAUGAUGACGAUGUGUUUUCUGUUAGUGUUCUGUUACCGUUGGUAACGGUC